AUGUCGUUGCUAAAUACAGUGUACAUUCUGCUGGUGGUGGUCGUUGUAUGUUGCCAUGGUGAAACCGAGGAAAAGAAAAUUCAGUACGAGUACAAGGAAGAUGGCCCGGAAGGACUGAGUUACGGGUGCAACGGACAUAUCGAUCUGGAUGACGAGGUCCAUUUCACCUACUAUAUCAAGGGGGCAGACAUCGGUCUCAGGGUGCUGAAGCAGGACGACGAAGUCCAACAUUACACAGAUGUUGACCAUGACGCCCAAUGGGAUAAGUUCCCGAAAGUGUGCAAGCAGUGCGUUCUGCUGGUGAUGGCCGUGGUGUGCGGCAGGAGUGCAGCACUGAACGAGAACAUCAACAUCGACAUCAAAGUGGACACGGAUUCGAAGCUGUACCAUCAGGCGAAGACGGUCGAGGGCUCGUUCAACUACGGCUACAACGUGCCCCGGCAGAACUACAACCAGUUCCAGCACAAGGUGAAGGGCCCGGACGGGGUGACGUACGGAUGCUACGGUUUCGUCGAUCCGACCAACGGCACCCAUCUGUACCACUACGUGUCGGACCUGAAGGGCUACCGGGUGGUUCCGCCGAACAGGCCGACCAAAGUCUACACCGAGCGGGUGGCGAACAGUGUUGCCGACAUUUACAAUUCGGUCGGUAUUCAAUACGACUGGGAGAAGCUGUACUUCCCGGAUGUGUGUCGCGUGCUGCAGCGAAGUAAGGAGGAACGCAACGAGCUGUCGAUUCCUCCCGGCUUUAAGGUGAACGACGAUGGUACGGUCACGCAGACCACCACCUUGAGACCGACCACAACGAGUACUACUACGACGCGCCGACCUCCACCCCCGCCUUCCUCUACCCCGCGUCCGACUACUCCCCGGCCAACUCCCCCGGCACGGAAGGUUACUCCGGCGCCUCCUAGGCCGACUCCAGCAAGGCCUCGCGUUAGCCCAACUCCAGCCCGUGAGCUUCCCCGAACGACUCCUAGAACGACCAGGGCGCCGGUCCGUACGGCUCCACCGACCGCUCCUCCUCGAAGGGUUCCUCCGCCAACGAAUCCACCCCGCACGUUCGCCACGACACCGAAGCCGGUUCCCCGAUUCCCCAACACUCCUGCGACGACUCCCAAGACGAGCGGCAACAAGUUCGGCAACAACCGGGACAACUUCAUCGGACUGCCUGCCACCAACAAUGCGGAGACGCUGAAGCCCCCACCAGACCUCCAGGCCGUCGGACAGGAAAUAACCGAGCUACGGACGCUUCUGAAGAUGCUACUGAAGUCGCUCAACAACGGCAACAACUCACCAAAAGCUGGCCCCGACUGUGAUCCUGGACUCGGUGCCGUCGAUCCCAACGCCAGGCAAGUCUUUCUGCCUCUCGUCAUCGUCGACGCACUCCCAGGAACGCCGAGGGGAUCACCUGGACCGGCAGGAGUUCCGUCCGGCAGCCAGUUCGCCAUCCCGUCCGUUGGGUACGGUACGUCGCGGUGUAACACUUGCGGCUAG